AUGAGCACUGCCAGGAUGGAGAACCCAGUUAUCCUGGGCUUGUCAAACCAGAAUGGACAGCUCCGGGGCUCGGUGAAACCGGCUGGCGCUCCGGGCGGUGGCGGGGGAGGCCACCAACAACAGCCGCUAAACCAGAUGAAGGGCACAAUCAACAAUGGCAAUUCCCAGGCAGCCCCAAAUAGUAAUGCUGUCAUCAAGCCUGGAGAUGACUGGAAGAAAAAUUUGAAAUUGCCCCCAAGGGACAUGAGGAUGAGAACUUCGGACGUGACUGCAACAAAAGGCAACGAGUUUGAAGAUUACUGCCUAAAGAGGGAGCUGCUCAUGGGCAUCUUUGAAAUGGGCUGGGAAAAGCCGUCUCCUAUUCAGGAGGAAAGCAUUCCCAUCGCGUUGUCGGGGAGGGAUAUCUUGGCCAGAGCCAAGAAUGGCACGGGGAAGAGUGGAGCCUACCUCAUUCCCUUACUUGAACGCAUUGACCUGAAGAAGGACUACAUACAAGCAUUGGUGAUAGUACCCACCAGAGAACUGACUCUGCAAGUUAGCCAAAUAUGCAUCCAGGUCAGCAAACACAUGGGAGGAGUCAAGGUGAUGGCAACUACGGGUGGGACCAACCUACGCGAUGACAUCAUGAGACUUGAUGAAACAGUUCAUGUGGUCAUUGCCACCCCAGGAAGGAUUUUGGACCUCAUCAAGAAAGGAGUUGCCAAAGUUGGUCAAGUGCAGAUGAUUGUUCUUGAUGAGGCUGACAAACUUCUGUCUCAGGACUUUGUGGUCAUGAUGGAAGAAAUCCUGGGCUUCCUCUCCAAACAGAGACAGAUUUUGCUUUACUCUGCUACCUUCCCCCUCAGCGUGCAAAAGUUUAUGAACUCGCACCUGCAGAAGCCCUAUGAGAUCAACCUCAUGGAGGAGCUCACACUGAAGGGUGUCACGCAGUAUUAUGCUUAUGUCACCGAAAGGCAAAAAGUGCAUUGCCUCAACACUUUAUUCUCCAGACUCCAGAUCAACCAGUCCAUAAUCUUCUGUAACUCCUCUCAAAGAGUGGAGCUUCUCGCCAAGAAGAUCUCCCAGCUCGGCUACUCGUGUUUCUACAUUCAUGCUAAGAUGAGACAGGAACAUCGCAAUCGCGUGUUCCAUGACUUUCGAAACGGUCUCUGUCGGAAUCUCGUCUGCACUGACCUCUUCACAAGAGGAAUAGACAUUCAAGCUGUAAAUGUUGUAAUCAAUUUUGACUUCCCGAAGCUGGGAGAGACAUACCUUCAUCGCAUUGGCAGAUCUGGCCGCUUCGGACAUUUGGGCCUGGCCAUCAACCUGAUCACUUACGACGACCGCUUCAAUCUCAAAGGCAUCGAAGAGCAGCUGGGAACAGAUAUCAAACCCAUCCCCGGCAUCAUUGACAAGAGUUUGUAUGUGGCAGAGUACCACACAGAGAGCGGCGAAGAAGUGAAGCCAUGA